GGCGAACAGAGAGUUGCAUGUGGAUGAUGUUGCCAUGGUUACUGGAUGGAAUAUGGACAGGGGUUCUGACAUCUAUGGUGGGAAUUAUUAUGGGAUACAUCUUCUGUACUCUCAAAGGAUCAGGCUCAGAGUUUGAGGACAACAGUAUAGAGGCAUUCAUCAUACAAGAAGAGACGGUAAGUAAGAAGCAGAAGAAUGUUGACUUGACAGACAAUCGUCAGAAGUGGUCGUAUGAUGCGGAAGGGAAACAAGUACUGAUUUUGUAUGGAACAGAGUAUGGCUUCAGUGAAGAAGUUGCCACCAAAUUGUUUGACAGGAUUGUCUCCAUUAGUCCAGCCUGAUGAUGAUGAUCCUCUUCAGCCGAGACUAGUCAACAUGAAACAUCAUAAGUUUGUUGACCUAUCCAGGGAACAGAUAUGUUUUGUGGUCAUUUCUACAAGCGGUGAUGGUGUCCCUCCCACGGAUUCACGUGGUUUCUACGACAACCUGAUGUCAUGUGACCAGGAGUUGUCUCACCUUAGAUAUUCUGUUCUGGCCCUGGGCGACUCCAACUAUCCGCAUUUCUGUAAGGCUGGACAUGAUAUUAACACAAGACUGUCCCAACGCUGUGGGACCCCAGUCAUAAAGUCGGAGGAUGUAGACAUGGAGGACUGGGCCGUUAUCACACAGUGGAUGGAUGACAUUGAAGAAUACUUGAAGUCUUGUGAUCUUGGUGUGUGUAUGGACUAUUUACAAAUCAUUGCUGACCAAUCAGAUGACAGCCAUGAUAGGAACAGACCAUAUAUGGCUACUUUGAAGGUGAAGAAUCUGUUGACAGACGCCUCACAAUGUGAGGAGGAUAAGGAGGUCGUACACUGUGAGUUUGACAUCACAGGAAGUCACAUGACCUGGACUUCAGGUGAUGCCUUAGGGAUAUACCCAGAAAAUAAUCCCGACCACGUUACUGAUGUGUUGGGUAUGCUGACCUGUACAGACACGGAGAUGUUUCCAGUACCACACUGGGCUUAUUAUCCUCAUCCAGACACAGCUCAUUUGAGAACAUUGCUACUCAAAUAUUAUGACAUCAAAACUGUUAAGCCAGAAAUUCUGCAGGAGUUUCUGAGAGUGACAGUCAACAACAACCAGAAGAAGACCUUGGCAGGGUUACUACAGACAGGGACAGGAAGGUCUAAUCAUGCCCUCCAGCACUACCUGACAGUGAGAGAAGUAAGAGAUGUCUUUCAGGAUUUCUGGCCAGCGACCUUGACUCCUCAUCAACUACUGCCCUGUCUGAAACCACUUCAACCAAGAUAUUACUCUAUAUCCUCUUCUCCCGUAAAGGAUUCUGCGACUGUCUGUGUAUGUAUGGCAGUUCUACGUUACAAGACACUCUCUUUAGGUCGCGAGGGCGUUACCACCACACACCUACAAGAUCGUGUCAAGGUCGGUCAGUCAUGCCCCGUGUUUGUAAGUCGUAACCCAGACUUCCGUCUCCCUGACAACCACAGCAAGCCAGUGAUUCUGAUAGGGCCAGGAACAGGAAUCGCUCCCUUUAGGGCCUUUAUACAGGAAAGAGAGGUCAGUGAAGAAAAAGGGAAAAUCCAUGUGUAUUAUGGCUGCAGACACAAGCUUGGGGAUUUCCUGUACAGAGAGGAGUUGGAGAAAUUCAGCAGAGAACAGGUCCUUUCCAUGAGAGUGGCUUUUUCCCGGGAUCAAGACAGGAAGGUUUAUGUCCAAGAUCUUCUAAGAGAGGAUUGCGGCCUGAUCUGGGAACUGCUAACCAAGGAAAACGGUCACGUUUAUAUAUGUGGGGAUGCCAGAAAUAUGGCUAAAGAUGUCCACCUAGCCUUGACCGAUAUUGUCCAGUCAUGUGGUCAGUUGGAGAAACGUGAUGCAACAGACUUUCUCAGGCAACUAGAGACGGAAGGACGUUAUCAGAGAGAUGUGUGGGUCACUUAGUCUGAGGGAGACAGAGGGACAUUAUCAGAGAGAUGUAUGGGUCACUUAGUCUGAGGGAGACAGAAGGACGUUAUCAGAGAGAUGUAUGGGUCACUUAGUCUGAGGGAGACAGAAGGACGUUAUCAGAGAGAUGUAUGGGUCACUUAGUCUGAGGGAGACAGAAGGACGUUAUCAGAGAGAUGUGUGGGUCACUUAGUCUGAGGGAGACAGAAGGACGUUAUCAGAGAGAUGUAUGGGUCACUUAGUCUGAGGGAGACAGAAGGACGUUAUCAGAGAGAUGUAUGGGUCACUUAGUCUGAGGGAGACGGAAGGACGUUAUCAGAGAGAUGUAUGGGUCACUUAGUCUCAGGGAGACAGAAGGACGUUAUCAGAGAGAUGUGUGGGUCACUUAGUCUGAGAGAGACAGAAGGACGUUAUCAGAGAUGUAUGGGUCACUUAGUCUGAGGGAGACAGAAGGACGUUAUCAGAGAGAUGUAUGGGUCACUUAGUCUGAGGGAGACAGAAGGACGUUAUCAGAGAGAUGUAUGGGUCACUUAGUCUCAGGGAGACAGAAGGACGUUAUCAGAGAGAUGUAUGGGUCACUUAGUCUGAGGGAGACAGAAGGACGUUAUCAGAGAGAUGUAUGGGUCACUUAGUCUGAGGGAGACAGAAGGACGUUAUCAGAGAGAUGUGUGGGUCACUUAGUCUGAGAGAGACAGAAGGACGUUAUCAGAGAUGUUUGGGUCACUUAGUCUGAGGGAGACAGAAGGACGUUAUCAGAGAGAUGUAUGGGUCACUUAGUCUGAGGGAGACAGAAGGACGUUAUCAGAGAUGUGUGGGUCACUUAGUCUGAGGGAGACAGAAGGACGUUAUCAGAGAGAUGUAUGGGUCACUUAGUCUGAGGGAGACAGAAGGACGUUAUCAGAGAGAUGUAUGGGUCACUUAGUCUGAGGGAGACAGAAGGACGUUAUCAGAGAGAUGUGUGGGUCACUUAGUCUGAGGGAGACAGAGGGACGUUAUCAGAGAGAUGUAUGGGUCACUUAGUCUGAGGGAGACAGAAGGACGUUAUCAGAGAGAUGUAUGGGUCACUUAGUCUGAGAGAGACAGAAGGACGUUAUCACAGAGAUGUAUGGGUCACUGAGUCUGAGGGAGACAGAAGGACGUUAUCAGAGAGAUGUAUGGGUCACUUAGUCUAAGGGAGACAGAAGGACGUUAUCACAGAGAUGUAUGGGUCACUUAGUCUGAGAGAGACAGAAGGACGUUAUCAGAGAGAUGUAUGGGUCACUUAGUCUGAGGGAGACAGAAGGACGUUAUCAGAGAGAUGUAUGGGUCACUUAGUCUCAGGGAGACAGAAGGACGUUAUCAGAGAGAUGUAUGGGUCACUUAGUCUGAGGGAGACAGAAGGACGUUAUCAGAGAGAUGUAUGGGUCACUUAGUCUGAGGGAGACAGAAGGACGUUAUCAGAGAUGUAUGAGUCACUUAGUCUGAGGGAGACAGAGGGACGUUAUCAGAGAGAUGUAUGGGUCACUUAGUCUGAGGGAGACAGAAGGACGUUAUCAGAGAGAUGUGUGGGUCACUUAGUCUGAGGGAGACAGAAGGACGUUAUCAGAGAGAUGUAUGGGUCACUUAGUCUGAGGGAGACAGAAGGACGUUAUCAGAGAGAUGUAUGGGUCACUUAGUCUGAGGGAGACAGAAGGACGUUAUCAGAGAGAUGUAUGGGUCACUUAGUCUGAGGGAGACAGAAGGACGUUAUCAGAGAGAUGUAUGGGUCACUUAGUCUGAGGGAGACAGAAGGACGUUAUCAGAGAGAUGUAUGGGUCACUUAGUCUGAGGGAGACAGAAGGACGUUAUCAGAGAGAUGUAUGGGUCACUUAGUCUGAGGGAGACAGAAGGACGUUAUCAGAGAGAUGUAUGGGUCACUUAGUCUGAGGGAGACAGAGGGACGUUAUCAGAGAGAUGUAUGGGUCACUUAGUCUGAGGGAGACAGAAGGACGUUAUCAGAGAGAUGUGUGGGUCACUUAGUCUGAGGGAGACAGAAGGACGUUAUCAGAGAGAUGUAUGGGUCACUUAGUCUGAGGGAGACAGAAGGACGUUAUCAGAGAGAUGUAUGGGUCACUUAGUCUGAGGGAGACAGAGGGACGUUAUCAGAGAGAUGUAUGGGUCACUUAGUCUGAGGGAGACAGAAGGACGUUAUCAGAGAGAUGUAUGGGUCACUUAGUCUGAGGGAGACAGAAGGACGUUAUCAGAGAGAUGUGUGGGUCACUUAGUCUGAGGGAGACAGAGGGACGUUAUCAGAGAGAUGUAUGGGUCACUUAGUCUGAGGGAGACAGAAGGACGUUAUCAGAGAGAUGUGUGGGUCACUUAGUCUGAGGGAGACAGAAGGACGUUAUCAGAGAGAUGUAUGGGUCACUUAGUCUGAGGGAGACAGAGGGACGUUAUCAGAGAGAUGUAUGGGUCACUUAGUCUGAGGGAGACAGAAGGACGUUAUCAGAGAGAUGUAUGGGUCACUUAGUCUGAGGGAGACAGAAGGACGUUAUCAGAGAGAUGUAUGGGUCACUUAGUCUGAGGGAGACAGAAGGACGUUAUCAGAGAGAUGUAUGGGUCACUUAGUCUGAGGGAGACAGAAGGACGUUAUCAGAGAGAUGUAUGGGUCACUUAGUCUGAGGGAGACGGAAGGACGUUAUCAGAGAGAUGUGUUGGUCACUUAGUCUGAGGGAGACAGAGGGACGUUAUCAGAGAGAUGUAUGGGUCACUUAGUCUGAGGGAGACAGAGGGACGUUAUCAGAGAGAUGUAUGGGUCACUUAGUCUGAGGGAGACAGAAGGACGUUAUCAGAGAGAUGUAUGGGUCACUUAGUCUGAGGGAGACAGAGGGACGUUAUCAGAGAGAUGUAUGGGUCACUUAGUCUGAGGGAGACGGAAGGACGUUAUCAGAGAGAUGUAUGAGUCACUUAGUCUGAGGGAGACAGAAGGACGUUAUCAGAGAGAUGUAUGGGUCUUUUAGUCGGAAUAUAGUAUAGUGUGGACAUAUGUGGCAGAUGUGGAUUUGAGUGUGUCCUGGCCUGGCUGAGGUUGAAAGAAUGUCAGAUUGUGCGAGUAAUGGGAGAUUGCAUGAAUGAGUGAUAUGUUGUCUAAAUGAAUGCAAGUGGUAUGAAUUACUAUUAUUGAAUUUUAUAUUAAUCUAUUACAGUUAAUAUAUUGACAGCUGUGUAGGAUCAAGUACCGUUUAAAUUAGCGCGGGCUUCACCCGACCCCGUUCUAAAAGCGUUUUGUGUCAGGGCAGCCGAUUGGUUGAUGAUCAAACUGAUCUACACGUGCAGGCUUUACAAAGCAGAGCCCCGUUCGAUUUGCACUCUUCUAAGAAGAGAAGCCUUCUAAGAAGAUCGUAUUCCGUUAUAUGUAAAUCGAGUAAACGGGGAGACUAAAACAAAA